AUGAAGCGAUCGACAAGAGCCAUGCCCGUAGCGGCACUCCUCCUUGCUGCGACCAACGCGCAGACCACAACUGUUGUCAACGAUCCAGCCGACACCGACGCCACCACAGUCUUCUACUCUGUCUGCCCGACCGCCUUGACGACCACCACCACAUUGUCGAGCACCAUCACCUUCACCUGCCCUGGCGGCCAAUGCCCCGGUGGUCCAGUCAUCACUGCUCCACCCAAUCCGAACGGCCCAAGGACUACUGAGAUCCUCGCCUUUACCACAACCCUUCCCGAUGGGUCUGUUCAGGAAAUCCACGAAUACAUCACCAUCUAUCCCGCCAUCUGCAGCGGCGGAUCAUCUAUUGGACAAGCUACGUACACUAUCACUGAGGCAUGUCCAUGUGAGGCGACCAGAAACCCAGCCUCGAUCCCUGCGGGCUUCACUACCACUGUCACGUCUUGCGAUGUCUGCCAUCAAGGCGGACCUACCACCAUGACCAUGACCGUGCCAUGCACGACUGGUCCUUAUGCCACUGUCACUCCAGAGAUUGGACCUACAGGUGCAGCUGGUGCUAGUGCCAAUGCCUACGCCGAGGCCGCCGCAAGUGCUGGCGCUAAUGCUGGCGCUGGCGGCUCUGGCUCGUCGGGCUCUGGCUCUUCGGGUUCUGGGUCGUCCGGCAGUGGAGCUCAAGCUGCUGCUGGCGCAGGCGCAAAUGCCGCUGCAAAUGCUCAAGCCGGAUCCACCGACACCACAGGUGCUGCAGGUGCAGACUCGGCUUCAAGCGGCAACUCGGCUGCUGGUGCCAACUCAGCCGGCAAUGGUAGCAGCAAUGCCACGGCAAACGCAGGUGCUAAUGCCGCCACUAACGCUGCAGCUGGUGCCGGAGCCAACAGCGGCAACCGGUACGACAAUGGUACUACAAGCGGCAACAAUACCAUCUCGCCGCCAAUCACUCCCGUGGCUCCUGGGGGUGCCGCGCAAAGCCAGUUCAGGGGCUCUGCGGACAAAGUCGGCUUUGCUGUUUCCGGCGUGUUGGCUGUUGUUGUGGGCUGCCUAGCGUUCAUGCUGUGA